GAGCGGAGCGGGACCGGGCACGGAACCGGGCACGGGAUAGCGGGCAGCGGGCACAGAACUGGGUACGGGAACCGGGCACGAGAUAACGGGGACCGGAGCAGCCUCAGCACUAUGUCCGUCAGCAGCCACGAGAACCGGAAAUCCCGCUCGAGCUCCGGCUCCAUGAACAUCCACCUCUUCCACAAACCGGGCCACGCCGACAGCCUCCUCACCCAACUGAACCUGCUCCGCCAGCAGAACCUCUUCACCGACGUGGUGCUGCGGGCGGGGAACCGGAGCUUCCCCUGCCACCGCGCCGUCCUGGCCGCCUGCAGCCGCUACUUCAACGCCAUGUUCAGCGGGGGCCUGAAGGAGAGCAGAGAUGGCGAGGUCAACUUCCACGACUCGGUGCACCCCGAGGUGCUGGAGCUGCUGCUGGACUACGCUUACUCAGCCCGGGUGCUGAUCAACGAGGAGAACGCCGAGUCCCUGCUGGAGGCCGGGGACAUGCUGCAGUUCCAGGAUAUCCGGGACGCUUCGGCUGACUUUCUGGAGAAGAAUCUCUACCCUGGGAAUUGCCUGAACAUGCUGCUGCUGUCCGAUGCCCACUGCUGCGAGCGGCUGCUGGAGCUGUCCUGGAGGAUGGCCUUGGCCAACUUCACCUCGCUCUGCAAGACCGAAGAUUUCCUCCGGCUGCCCAAAGACAAGCUGCUGGAGCUGGUGGAGAGCGAGGAGCUGGAGGUAGAGGACGAGACGCUGGUCUAUGAAGCCGUUAUGGGCUGGAUCCGCUACGAUUUGCCCCGGCGCCACGAAGUUCUGCCCGAGCUGCUGCGCUCCGUCCGCCUGGCCCUGCUGCCCGAGUCCUACCUGCGGAAGCAGGUGGCCUGCGAGAAGCUGGUGACCAGCCACAAGCUGGGGGAGGAGAUCGUGGCCGACGCCGUGCGCUGCAAAAUGAAGAUCCUGCAGAACGACGGCCUGGUGACGGGGUGCUGCGCCCGGCCCCGCAAGGUCAGCCAGGCCCUGCUGCUGCUCGGGGGCCAGACCUUCAUGUGCGACAAGAUUUACAUGCUGGACCAGAAAACCAGCGAGAUCAUCCCUCGUGCCGACAUCCCCAGCCCCCGCAAGGAGUGCAGCGCCUGCGCCAUCGGCUGCAAGGUCUACAUCACCGGCGGCAAGGGCUCCGAGAACGGCGCUUCCAGGGACGUCUGGGUGUACGACACCCUCCACGACGAGUGGGCCAAAGCCGCUCCCAUGCUGGUGGCGCGGUUUGGCCACGGCUCCGCCGAGCUGGACCACUGCCUGUACGUGGUGGGGGGUCACACGGCCAUGAGCGGGGCCUUCCCGGCCUCUCCCUCCGUGUCCCUCAAGCAGGUGGAGCACUAUGACCCUCAGCUGGACAAGUGGUCGCUGGUGGCUCCUCUCCGGGAAGGCGUGAGCAACGCCGCCGUGGUGGGAGCCAAGAUGAAGCUGUUUGUUUUCGGGGGCACCAGCGCCAACCAGAACAAGCUGCCCAAGGUGCAGUGCUUCGACCCCUGCCAGAACCGCUGGACGGUGCCCACCAGCUGCCCCCAGCCCUGGCGCUACACGGCCGCCGCCGUGGUGGGCAGCCACGUCAUCGUCAUCGGCGGGGACACGGAGUUCUCCGCCAGCUCCGCUUACCGCUUCCACAGCGACACCUUCCAGUGGUCCAGGUUUGGGGAUGUCACGGCCAAGUGCAUCAGCUGCCGCGCUGUCACCUCAGGGAACAGGCUCUACGUGGUGGGGGGCUACUGCGGGGCUCAGCGCUGCAAAACCCUGGACUGCUACGACCCCUCGUCCGACACGUGGAGCAGCGUCACCACGGUGCCCUACUCCCUCAUCCCCACCGCCUUCGUCAGCACCUGGAAGUACCUGUCAGCCUGAGCGUGGCCAGGCACCUGGAAGGCUUCACACCUGAUUUUGCCAAGUGCCUCCCUUGACUGAGGAUCCAGAUGGAACACACGGGCAGCAGGAGCACCUCCUCCCACCUGGCGACUCCGUGAGCUGGCUGCCAUCAGCACCAGCAGGGCUCAAGGCAACUCGGUUUUGGCUUUGAAUUGCUUCUGCAAAUCCAAACCCUUGGUCAGGCCAGGGAGGGGACAGGCACGGAGGGACCUCCUUGGGCUGGCAGCUUGUGCUGUCCCUUGAGACAGCAAAAGGUUUCCAAGUGUUCUCCUAACCUGUGUGAUCUCAGAGCAGGAACCAGAGGGAGUAUUUUGGUUUCGGUGAUGCUAGAAAGGAGAAAGGACACUCCUGAGCAGCUGCAGGACUGCACUGCUGGGACUCACAGCACCCAAGCAGUAGCCUGGAAUGUCAGAACAUGUGACAGUACUUUGCCCAAGGGCUAGUUCUGCACAUUUAUUUCUUUUUUAUACAGCAGUUUUGUGUGUUUAUUACUCAGCCUGGAGCUGCUUCAAUAAAUCUGAAUAAAAUCCACCGUGUCCCUUGCCUGUUCUGUGUGCUUAAGGUGCAGGUUUUCCCAGCCCACACUGCAGACCGUGUUUAGUAGAACAGUGAGGAGCAUUCCCUGCUGCAGUCCAAAUCCAGGGCUCAGAUCUUCCUGUGUCUUUGUGACUUGGGACUGAGGAAAGCUCAGAUCUCACACUACCUUCUAGCUUUGAAGGAGACACAAAUCUCUCCACAACUUCAAAGAUUAAAGUAUUCUCUGCCCUUUCCUGGUCACUCUCUACAGAGUGGGGUUUCCUCACUAUCCUAAAGAAUGGGAGAAGGUGCUGCCCCUUCUGUCCCAAAGGGCUGUGUGCUCCAGGAGGCAGUGCCUGGGAAAGAAAAGCUCUGCUAAGGGGAGGAGGUGAGACAGGAACCAGCAUGGUCAGAGGAAACAGGCACCAAAGGUACAACCAACUGUCUCACCACAGAAGCAUGGUUUGGGUGUGAUCCAUUAUUUCAGAAUUAAAUAAAUCAAUGUCACAACUCUUCCGAGCUGCUUGCACAGGCAAGAGCUGGCAGGAUGGGAAGGAAGGGAGCUGCCCUGCUGCUGGGGGCUGGAGCAGAUGCAUCAGCUUCAUUUCCACCCCUUUUCUGAUUCUUUUGCCAUUUUCAGCCCCCAGGCUGGGCCUUUUCUCCUGGCCCCUCGUGCCUCCUCUCCAUCGCUCCAACAGGAGCUUGUCAGGCUGCAGGGAGAGGAGCCCACAACCCACCUGGAGCACACAGGCAGCACCAGGGACACAGACUCAUUUCGAUGAGAAAAGGCUGUAAGAUCAUGGGAUCCAACCAUCCAGCAGCUCCCAGCUUGGCUGUGCCUUGCAGGAGGGGAAAAUCACAGCGCAGGACUCCGCUGGAGUGUCUCCAGCCCUGUUAUCCAGCCAGGAGCUGCCUCACCUUUGUUACAUCUCCAGCUACUCCUGAGGGCUGGACAGAGUCCGAGCGUGCUCAGCGAGCCGGAGGAGCGGAGCUUUCUUUCAUUCAUGGCCGUU